AUGGAUAUGAGAAUUUUGGUUGCCUACCAAUUCAUUUUCGCAACCAUUUUCUUGGCACCUAUUGCUUUCUUCUUGGAAAGGAAUAGCAGACCAAAAUUGACGUGGAUGGCAAAGGCAAUCCCAUGGUGGUUUUGGGUUCCCACCGAACCCUUGGAGAAAUACAAGAAAACAAUCUGUAGCUCUGGUUUACAGGUUCAGAGAUUGGGAACAGCCAUGAUAAACCUUGUUCCAGCCACAACAUACAUUAUGGCUUUGAUAUUGCGGCAGGAGAGAUUGGGGAUUCAGACUCUAGUGGGGAAAGCAAAGCUGGUGGGGACUGCCAUAGGAAUAGGUGGGGCAAUGGUGCUGACGUUCUACAAAGGUGAGGAGAUCAACAUUUUGUCAACUAAGGUUGACCUUACUCAUGGGCAUGGAUCAACAACAACACAUGCAGAGUCUUAUAAUCGCUUAUUGGGGUUAUUACUAUCCCUUGGUUGUUGUCUCUGUUGUGCAUUGUACUUGAUCAUCCAGGCUAGAAUGAGUGAGAAGUAUCCAUGUGAUCUAUCAAGCACGGUUCUGAUUUGUGUAUCGGUAGCAGCAAAAGAAGAUGUAGUGGUCAAGCUUAGCUAA